AUGAAUAUUUGGUUCUUUAUACUUGUAGUAUUUUCAUUAAAUUUAUCAACAAGUUGUUAUCGAAGCAACGAGUUAAAAGAUAGGAGAGAAAUUGUGAGCGAAUUAUCAAAAAAAAUUAAAACUCUACAUAUGCUUAAUGAUUUGUAUAAAAUAAACGAGGUUGAAUUUGAAAAAAGACUAUUAGCUUUAAUUCAUUCAGUUUCAGUAUUAAAUUGUUGCUGUAUUAAUAAUUGUGAAUAUAAUUCUUUGGUGACUGGUAUUGUCAAAGAACAAGGUAAAUAUCUUAAUAAGGUUUUUUAUUAA